AUGGCUUAUUGCUCUGAGUGUACCUAUGACCUCAUGGAGCUGCUAGAGAAAGAGUGGGAGACGUUCGGGGGAAGAGUGGUCUAGAUCUGGGCUACGGUGCUGGGCCUACUGGCACUAAAGAAAUGUGCAAAUCGGGCCUAUUUCCAGGACUAUAAUAGUACCGUUAUAAAAUGGCUCACGUUGUCUAACGCACUGCUAGACUGUCAGGAGGAGGACAAGAAGGAGGGAGAGGAUGGCAGCAUAUUGCCCAAGAGGCAAGCACUGGACCCCUCCUAGCACCAAAAGCUGUCCUGCUGCCGUUUCUUCUCAGGCGACUGGACAAUGUUCCUAGCACUGGUCCUCAAGGAAGAUCCGUCCCCUAAAUAUGACAUAAUCUGCACCUCGGGGACCAUUUACAACACGGCGUACAACUCAGCUCUUCACAACACCUCCAGACUGUUGGCCUCGGGGUGAAUAAUCUACCUGGCCACCAAGGGCAACUACUUUGGGGUGGGGCUGCACCUGUUUGAAUAGUUUGUGGAGGACAAGGGAGUGUUUGAUAUGGAGAAACUGUGGAAUCUGGGCCAGGGGCUACAGAGACAUGUCGUAGUGAUGCGCUUCAAAGCAGAGGAUCACUGGUUCGAGCCCAGUAUGGGGCAGACGGGCAGUGAAGGAAGCUAA